GCAAUCGCCACGGUAUGGACUACAUUCGUAUAAUACUAUCAUAAACGGCAAUAUCGGAAUGAUUCUAGCUUCAACAAACAUCGGUUACUAGGAUAAGCUCGGCUAUUUGGAAUCCGCUAGGAAGGCUAGCAGCUAUCUUCGCAUUUGAACAUGCGCGGAAAGUUUAUACUCAUCGUUCUGCUGGUAUUUCUGAACUCGCCGUCAAAUUCCAAGAUUGCACACGCCUUCGAAAAACUUGAAAGCCUUAAAGCCAUUUUGAACGAACUUAGGCAAUUUCAGGAAUCUGUGUCGGAGCCAUCUUUGGAAGCUCCCGGGUAUAUCUCGUUUAAUGUAAACCCGUUUCAAUAUGGCGAAUAUGGCAAAACGGAUCCUUUGGAGAGGAAGCCACAUCUAUCCAAGUCGCCACGUGCUACAGGUUACAGGGCCGUGUACAAUAAGCAAACUAAACGGUAUUUCGAACAUGUGUCAGAAUCGACACUACCUGCUGUCAUUUCGAACACGGAAAUACGAAAAUUUCCCUAUUACAACGUUGUAAAGCUCUCUUCCGGAUGCACGGGUACGCUUAUCACCAAUGAGCACGUGUUAACCUCGGCUCACUGUGUACACGAUGGGGAAGGGUUCAAAAACAACAUGGAGAUGCUUAAGGUAAAGGUUCCGAACAAGAUCGGCUUCCGGAUACACUACAUAUUGAAGAUAAACGUUCCCAUCAGGUGGCUUAAAAUGCGGUUCCUUCCGGAUAUCGCGCGCGCCGCGUUCGAUUACGCAGUUCUACAACUUGACCUUCCCGUCGGUGGUCGGGACACGUUCAUGCAGCUGACGCUGCCUACGACAAAGAUUCUCCACUCGGAUUUGAAUUUCCUUUCGUUUAACACCGCUAACUCGUAUUGGUUACAAGAAUCCACGUGCCUCGCACGUGACAAUUUACUGCUUUUUAGCGGAAGCGUAGCACUUCGCACGUGCGAAUCCACGAUCGGUAAUUCCGGAGCCGCGGUGUUCACCGAAAGCGUUCUCAGCCGAAAUAAAAUCGUCGGACUGCUGUCGAAUACGCUGUCGCCCACUACCGGAAGUUUCCUCGGCGAGAAUAAGUCUCUGAACACGAUUACGCUACUGACGAUGGACAAGUGUGUUGAUAUCUGUGCAAUGAUUCACCCAUUAGGUGAGAAAUACGAGGUGUGCGAGUUGGUAAAGAAUUCGAACCAGGAAUAUCUGCAAGUUGCAACCAGAAGGCUUAUGCCCUUUUUUGGGUAGUAAUUUCCAGGGGCCAUAAACAAAUUUCCUAAGAUGAAUCUAAACUGAGGAU